AUGGGGGAUUCUAGUGGUAACAACACCACCGGAGUGCACAGUAUCCCGGCAACGGCCCUGGACCAGUACCUGGACAGUUACGAGAUGGACUAUGGCAUACCCCCAGAGGAGAUUCCGGAUACUUCCCAGGGACAGGCGUUCUUUGUGGCCACCAUCGUGAUCGGAGUGGUCCUGGGGUGCAUCAUGCUUGUCUGCGGACUGGGGAACUUCCUCUUCAUCGCCACGUUAACGAGGUACAAAAAGCUCCGGAACCUCACCAACUUGCUGAUCGCCAACUUGGCCAUUUCGGACUUUAUCGUGGCGGUGGUUUGCUGCCCCUUCCUGGUGGACUAUUACGUGGUGAAGAAACUAUCCUGGGAUCAUGGGCUAGUGCUGUGUGCAUCGGUCAACUACCUCCAAACGGUGUCGCUGUAUGUGUCUACCAACGCUCUGCUCGCCAUCGCUGUGGACAGGUACAUGGCCAUUGUCCACCCUCUGAGACCGCGUAUGAAGUAUCAAACAGCUUAUGUCGUCAUCACGGGAGUGUGGAUUGUCCCUGUCUUAAUCUCCGCCCCUUCUGCCUACUUUGCAUCCGAAACAAUUUACGGCUCAACCUCCACGAACCCCAAAGUCUUCUGCGCUCAGAUCUGGCCAGUCGAGAAGCAAGUCUACUAUCGCUCUUACUUCAUGUUCAUUUUCGCCAUAGAAUUCAUCGGACCGGUUAUCAUCAUGACCCUGUGCUACGCUAGAAUAUCCCGCGAGCUGUGGUUCAAGAGCGUUCCGGGAUUCCAAACGGAACAGAUCCGGAAGAGGUUGCGUUGUCGCCGGAAAACCGUGAUGGUUCUUAUCGCGAUUCUAACUUUGUACAUCCUCUGUUGGGCCCCGUAUUAUGCCUACACCAUCCUGCGCGACUUCCACCCGACAAUCAUAACGCGGCAGAAGAAUUCACUAGUGGCCUUCUACGUCAUCGAAUGCAUCGCCAUGAGUAACAGCAUGAUCAAUACGUUUUGUUUCGUUACCGUCAAAAACAACACGGUGAAGUAUCUGAAGAAGAUUGUGCUGUUGCGUUGGAGGUCCACGUACGCUCCCAAUAAGACAGUGGAUGAGAUGGAUGUGAGGACAUUUUCUGUGCCCAUAACAGAGGAAAUCGAAUGCAUCCACUUAAGGUGA